AUGGUGUCCCAGAACCCCCCAGAGGACAGCGAGAUCUCGAAUCCCGUCAAACGAAUCCGUUGGGCUACCCAUCGCGUCCAGGGAGAGCAGGGCAACAAGAAACGCGAGUCGGUCUUGGGGCGCUUGCACAAGCGCAUUGGUUCUGGAGGAAAUGAGAAGCGGGACGAGGCGGAAGGACACCCGGAGAGCAAAGAAACUCCAGGCGCACCGAGUGAUGAGAAUGCGACCGUGUCCGAUGCGAGCGAUGAAGGCGAGGGUGGCCGCACCGUCUACUUCAACAUCCCGCUGCCGCCCGAAGCCAGGGACGAGGAAGGCCACCCGCGCGUCUCGUAUGUGAGAAACAAGAUCCGAACCGCAAAAUACACGCCCCUCUCCUUCGUUCCAAAGAACCUUUGGCUGCAGUUUCACAACAUCGCCAACAUUUAUUUCGCCUUCAUCAUCAUUCUCGGUGCCUUCUCUAUUUUCGGAGCCUCGAACCCCGCCCUCAAUGCCGUUCCUCUGAUCGUCAUUCUCGCCGUCACGGCAAUCAAGGAUGCCAUCGAGGACUGGAGAAGAACGGUGCUCGACAACGUGCUUAACAACGCUCCGGUGCACAGGCUCGUCGAUUACGACAAUGUCAACACUGCGGAAGACCGCGUUGGACUUUGGCGACAGUUCAAGAAGGCGAACACGAGACUGAUUCAGAUGGUCUGGGGUUUGUGGAAGCAGAGGAAGAACAAGGAUAGCAGUGGCAAGGGCAAAACUUAUGCGGAAAGAGCACUGGAUGAGUCGCGGCCGUCUAUUGAAACCCGGAGGUCAUUCGCUUCCCAUCGCGACUCGCACAUUUUCAGGAAGAGCGACGAUGGAACACCCCUCGGCGAGCCGAAUGCCAUACAAAUGACACCUGUACCCUCCCCUCUUCCAGGUCAAGGAAACGGCGGAUCGGACCAACCUACUUUUGAGGGCAUCCACCCGGGACCGAAAUCGGAGAAGCCCGCCGCUGAGCCAGCGUCCAAAUUCUACGGAAGCAUCAUCAACCCAUUCCGAGAUGCACCCAACAAGGCUCGCUUCAAGAAGGAUUACUGGAAAAACGUCCAGGUUGGCGAUUUCGUGCGUUUAUACAACGACGAGGAGGUUCCCUCUGAUAUUGUGGUCCUUGCCACUUCGGAUCCGGACGGCGCAUGCUACAUUGAGACCAAGAAUUUGGAUGGAGAAACUAACCUCAAAGUCCGACAAGCGCUUCACGCCAGCCGGAAAGUUGUCCACGCUAGGCAAUGCGAGAAGGCUGAGUUCUUCAUCCAGAGCGAACCUCCGCACGCGAACCUGUACGCUUACUCCGGCGUUCUCCGCUGGAACGAGCAUGACUCUAGGGAUCCGCAAGCGCCCACUACCGAAAUGGCGGAACCAAUCAGCAUCAACAACCUCUUGCUUCGUGGGUGCACCAUUCGAAACACGGACUGGGUUCUGGGUGUCGUCAUGUUCACUGGAGAAGAGACCAAGAUUAUGCUCAACUCUGGAAUCACUCCCAGCAAGCGUGCUAAGAUCUCCAAAGACCUGAACUGGAACGUCAUCUACAACUUUAUCAUUCUUUUCGUCAUGUGUUUGGUUGCCGGUAUUGUUCAAGGUGUGACUUGGGCUCAAGGCGGCAAUUCGCUAGACUUCUUCGAGUUUGGCUCCUAUGGUGGCAAACCUUCGGUCGACGGUUUCAUUACGUUUUGGGCAGCAGUCAUCCUCUUCCAGAACUUGGUGCCCAUUUCGCUUUACAUCACCCUCGAGAUCAUCAGGACGAUCCAGGCCCUUUUCAUCUACAUGGAUGUCAACAUGUACUACGAAAGGCUGGAUUACCCGUGCACGCCCAAAUCAUGGAACAUUUCGGACGAUGUCGGCCAAAUCGAAUACAUCUUCUCCGACAAGACCGGAACGCUGACCCAAAACGUCAUGGAGUUCAAGAAGUGCACCAUCAACGGCGUGCCCUACGGCGAGGCUUAUACGGAAGCACAGGCUGGAUUGCAGAGGCGACAAGGUAUCAAUGUGGAAGAAGAAGGUGCCCGGGCUCGUGCGCAGAUUGAACAGGACCGCAUAAGAAUGAUCGAGAUGCUGCGAAAACAGCACGACAAUCCCUACCUUCGUGAUGAUGAUAUCACCUUCGUCGCUCCCGAUUAUGUUGCUGAUCUGGGCGGUGAAGCUGGAGAAGAGCAGCGCCGCGCAAACGAACGAUUCAUGUUGGUACUCGCUCUGUGCCAUACUGUCAUUACUGAGAGAACGCCCGGCGACCCACCCAAAAUCGAGUUCAAGGCCCAGUCCCCCGAUGAAGCUGCGCUUGUGGCGACCGCUCGUGAUGUUGGCUUUACGGUCCUUGGCAGAGUGGACGAUGGUUUGAUUGUCAAUGUCCAGGGUGAAGACCGGAGAUUCCAAAUCCUCAACACUCUCGAGUUCAACUCUUCGCGUAAGAGAAUGAGUGCAAUCAUGCGCAUGCCUGAUGGAAAGAUCAUGCUCUUUUGCAAGGGUGCGGACAGCAUCAUUUACUCGCGGCUGAGAAGGGGCGAGCAGGCCGAACUUCGCCGGACCACUGCGGAACAUCUUGAGAUGUUUGCUCGUGAGGGUCUGCGCACGCUUUGCAUUGCUGAAAGGGAGCUGACCGAGGAGGAAUACCGGAACUGGAACUUGCGUCACGAAGCCGCCGCAGCGGCCGUUACCGAUCGCGACCAGAAGCUUGAGGAAGUUGCUGACAGUAUUGAACGCGACCUUAUGCUUUUGGGAGGCACGGCCAUCGAGGAUAGACUUCAAGACGGUGUCCCGGAUGCCAUUGCUCUGCUUGGCAGAGCCGGAAUCAAGCUUUGGGUUCUCACCGGCGAUAAAGUUGAGACCGCCAUCAACAUCGGCUUUUCCUGUAACCUCUUGGACAACGACAUGGAUCUUAUUGUGCUCAAGACCGAUGAAAGCUUAGAAGCGGCCGAAAAGGAACUUGACAAGCAUCUGGCGAUAUUCGGUAUGACUGGCUCAGACGAGGAACUGAAGGCUGCCCAGAGCAAUCACGAGCCUCCGGACCCGACCCACGCCAUCGUCAUCGACGGUGACUCGCUGAAAAUGGUGCUGGAUGACACGUUGAAGCAGAAAUUCCUGCUUCUCUGCAAACAAUGCAGGUCCGUUCUCUGCUGCCGUGUCAGUCCUGCCCAGAAAGCUGCGGUUGUCGAAAUGGUCAAGAAUGGACUGGACUGCCUUACCCUCUCCAUCGGCGAUGGUGCCAACGAUGUGGCUAUGAUCCAGGAAGCUCACGUCGGUGUUGGUAUUGCUGGUGAGGAAGGCCGAGCGGCCGUCAUGUCCUCGGAUUAUGCUAUUGGCCAAUUCCGCUUCCUCACUCGCUUGGUUCUGGUUCACGGACGUUGGUCUUACCGCAGGUUGGCCGAGACCAUCGCCAACUUCUUCUACAAGAACUUGGUUUGGACGUUCGCCCUUUUCUGGUACCAGAUCUACGAUAACUUCGAUUGCGCUUACAUCUUCGAUUACUCGUACAUCAUCAUGUACAACUUGGCGUUCACGUCUCUGCCAGUCAUCCUAAUGGGUGUGCUCGAUCAAGAUGUGGAUGACAAAGUUUCGCUUGCUGUCCCCCAACUUUACCGCCGCGGUAUUGAGCGCAAGGAGUGGACGCAGACAAAAUUCUGGGUGUACAUGAUCGAUGCUCUGUACCAGUCGGUUAUCGUCUUCUACAUGGCCUACCUCCUCUUCAUUCCAGGCAACUUCCAGAGUUCAAACGGUCUCGAUGUCGCGGACAACAAGCGCAUGGGUAUCUACAUUGCGAGCGCCGCCGUCAUCGUCGUCAACGUUUACAUAUUGAUGAACACGUAUCGCUGGGAUUGGUUGAUGUUGCUCAUUGUCGCGAUCAGUAUCCUGCUGAUCUGGGCCUGGACCGGUAUUUACACCGCUUUUGACGUCGGUUUCACUUUCUACAAGGCCGCACCGCAGGUUUACGGGCAGCUAAGUUUCUGGGCUUUAACACUACUCGGAACGGUUGUGUGCAUUCUACCCCGCUUUACGGCGAAGUCGAUCCAGAAGAUUUAUUAUCCCCUGGAUGUCGACAUUAUCCGAGAGCAAGUCGUUCAGGGUAAGUUUGACUAUCUCAAGGAGAAUGACUCGUUCAUCCCCCCUCCUCCUCCCAUGGAUUCGACGGAGAAGAUCAAUUCGAUGUCUUCGUCGGAGCUCUCCAAACCAGUCAACAAACCUGAGCGCAACACCAUGUCGUCGAUUCCCGAUGAUGAACGGCCGAUAUACCCACCCUCAGUUGCACCAACCGCAACGACUCAUAACCCGAGGAGUCAGAACGGAAGUGACAGCACCAACUUCACCGGACCGCGGUUGUCUUGGCCGGAACAGCAGCAUCAGCAGCAUCAGCAGCAGCAGCAGUUGUCGCCGCAUGACCGGCUUACAGAAGACCAGCUAGGUGAAAUGCGCCCAUCGAUGGAUCGACCGAGACCGUCAAUGGACCGAUCCAGACCAUCGUACGAGCGAGCAAGAGCGUCGAUGGACAGGAUACGGCACAGUUUCGAGGCGAGCAAUGACUUCACGUCGGCCGCACGGCUGAGCAGAUUAGAAAGCAGCUACUCGGGACCAUACACGAUCGACCCGGAUCCAACGACAGGCCCGGAUCCAACGAUAGGCAUGGCGCGGUGA